GUGGCCCAGGACCCGUUCAGCACUGACCGCUCACUUGACGUUCCCAAAGGUGGUACUUUCCAGGUCAAGAAGUCCGAGAAGAAAUCAACGCAGUUUAAAUGGAUUUUAAAAAAGGCGAUAGGAAUUGGACAGCUCCGAAGAAGUUUGAGAUAAAGAAAGAGGACAAGAAAACGACCAAGUUCUGGAGUGGUCCUUCCACCAAAAAAGAUGAUGCAGCCGGGAAACGUAGGAGAAGGGGAGUUGAGGACGAUGACGAAUCAAGAAGAAGGAGAAGACAACUGGAUUUUUCUCCGGAUUCUGGAUUAGAAAGCGGAGCAGGUAGGACAUCAUCCCUUUCUCAUUGUCCCUUUCCUUCCUUUCUGUCUGAUCCUCUCUCAAGAACUCCUUCCCUCAUCCUUUCUAACUUACGAAAUGUCAAGGAUGGUGAAUUUGAGGAGAGGUAA